UCUUUUUUAUCAAAUCCAUUUUCCCAACAAAAACCAAAAAAAGGCCCACAAAGUUAAGGCGAUUCCCCAAUCGAAACCCUAGAUCUCACUUCCCAAUCCCUCUACUCGAUCCAUCCGUUUCCUUCUCCCCCUAUCGGUUUCGAUUCGCUCUUCGGUUCAGCGUGCACAUCGCAAUCGUAUUCGGUUCUUUUCAGCUUCCGAUCGAGGGUUUCGGCACUCUCAGUAGAUCGAUUGGGGGCCAAUUUGUGAGAGGUUUAGGUCACAAAUGGUGUGAACUUUUUAGGUCGAAAUGUACGGACGUUGUGCACUACAGAGCAAUUUGAAAUCGGUACUUGAACUUUUAGAAGUUUUGAUUUUACUUUCUGAAUUUUAAUGUUUUGAUUGUGUUUGCUUACAUUUUGAAGGAAUAUUCUGUAAACUAUCGAGAUCUUCUGCUACUUGUUGGAAUAUUGGGGAGAAAUUGCUACAAAUGCUGUUAGGUCUUAGGUAGUAGAAUCAGAUUAAAUUUUAUAUGCUUAUUUUGUAAAUUCUGUAACUUUAGAUAGUUAAAUCUGAUUUUGAAACUUCGGGAGGUCCUAUUGCAUCUAUGUUCAUGUUUGAUAAAUUCAAACGCAUAUUAAAAUGUUCAUGUUUGAUAAAUUCAAACGCAUAUUAAAAUGUUCAUGUUUGAUAAAUUCAAACGCAUAUUAAAAUGGUAGGAAUAAAUAACUUACAAACACAAGUAGUGUCAUGACAGUUCAUACAAAUAUUAUUAGAUGUCUCUUGUCAAUGAUUGUCUUUGUGGAAAUUUGGAGCAAAUUCAAAUGGAAUAUGGUGAGGUUAAAAGCUCGCAGAAGUGUUUAUCAAGAUUUUUUGGUUUAUUGAUUUUAAAGUUCAUUUCGUGUAAAUGUUAUUUCCCUGAAACGGCGGAGAUCAAGAACAGUCAAGUUGAUAAUUAUUUUGGAUUAUCUGAUGAUAAUUUCUGAACAUUUUAGCUCAAUAGGAAAAUUGAUCCUUUCUGUUCUUUGUAGUGGUGAGUGCCUAGUGCAUUUAUCUUGUUUUCUCUUCUUUCUUGUUUAGAUGGUUUUUUAUGUUUGUAGUUGUUAAACCUUUUUGUGAGGGCAAAUAAGUUGUAGUUAUUGGCUAUUUCACUUAUUAGAGUUGUAGUUGGUUCAAAUUUCAAUCUGCAACUUUCUUAUUAACUAUUACUUACAUGAGGUUAGAAGUUUAUAAAUUUGCAGAAGUUCUCAUCAAAAGAGGGGAAAAAAAACAAAAGGCAAUCAGGGGACUAAUAUGCUUGAAAGGUGAAACUGUGGUUUCCCUGCUAUUAUAUGCAGACUAUAGAAAACUUGGUUUUCUCCUUUCGUUUUUCAGAUGGAUGCUGAUGCCGAAAACCUUUAUGGAGCACAAUGCUUGGUUUGCAGAAGGCCUUUUUCUCUGGAAACAGAAAUAAACGAUGGUUUUGAAGCAAUAAAUAUCUGCAGGGAGUGUAAAAUGAUUGUUCUCAACAGUCCUAAUAGAGAUGUUUCUAUUAGAGAUAUUCGUCGAAGAAGGCGGCUAAGAAGAAGAAGAGCAUUGAGAUAUGGAAGCUCCAAUUCAGUGGACAGUGAUUCAUUUUCACAAAGGUUCUCCCAUUUGAUUAAUUUGGCAAGCCAAAGCCAUGAGACAGAUUCUACUCCAAACCGUUCUAGAGGGUGGCAGAGUACAAUCUCCGACAACGAGAGUGAUUCUGUGUUCGGUGAGAGUGAAUCGAACCUCAGUUUCAGUAACUAUGGAGGAGAAUCAGAUACUUCGAUCGAUCAGAAUAGUUUAAUGUACUUCCAACUUGAAAAUGAAAGCUAUGUAUACACUGAUACAGAUAUUGAUCCAAUGCAUGCCGGCUUGGAUCAGUGGAAUUCGGACGACCAAGAUGAAGAAGAAGAUGGGGGGGAUUGGGAUGAUAGAGAAAGCCCUAAUGGCAUUGUAGAGAGAGAAAGUCAAAAUCAAGAUGGUGCUCUUGUUCAUCGGAGGAUGAGGGGGGCUUUCGAAAUGGGUACACAUUAUGCCGACCUGUUUGUCGACUUCGAGGACUUUGAAUUGGAGAUUAGACCAGCAGGUUUCACUGCAGAUCCAGGUGACUAUGUAGACCCUGCACGGUUCGAGGAGCUUCUAGAACAAUUUGCGGAGAAUGAUGCGUCGAGAAGAGGGGCGCCGCCGGCUAGUGCUUCAGUCCUGCUGAAUCUUCCUUCCGUGGUUAUAUCAAAGAGCCACGAAAAGGACGGUAGCUUAAUUUGCCCAGUUUGCAAGGACCCAUUGCCGAUAAACACUGAAGCAAAACAGCUUCCUUGUCUGCACCUCUACCACCCAUCGUGCAUAUUACCAUGGUUAAGUUCAAGAAAUACAUGCCCCGUUUGCCGUUAUGAGCUCCCCACUGACGACAUUGAAUAUGAGAUGGCCAAGACAGAGCUACUGAGCAGGAAUUUGGCCGAGGAGAGUUCUUAUAAUAGAUCUAAUGAUGUGGAGGUCAAUGAAACUCAUGAUAAUAGUAAUGACAGAAUCGCCAGUAGAAUGGCGGAGAGUAGAGGGGAGGCCAGCGGCGACCAAGUCGGGGUUAGAUCGAAUGGCCGGGAUCGGAGAGGCGGCGGGUGGUUGUUUUUAGCUGCAGCUCCGAUAGUUAGUCUUGUCGGUAUCGUUCUAGUAUUGUGGUUCAAGAACCCUCAUGGUAAUAAUAACAGAAGUCGGUGCGACGCUAGAGAACAGGCGCAGGCGGGAAGGCAACUUAGUGGAGCUCAGAGCUCCGUCGCUCGCGGAGAUAGAAAGAGAAGAUGGUGGUCUUUCUUUUAGGUGAUUUGCUUGUUUUUUAUGCUCUUUUAAUCUUCUGAUUGCUUUUUCGUUGCUGGUGUUCUCUUUCGUAUGGUGACUGUUUAAAUAAGUUUCAACUUCGACCUUUGGGAAAUUGCUAAGGUGAGCGUCCUCUCAACUACUGUUUGCAUCGUAUUGUGUAUACUGGGGUUGUGGUGCGAUGGUAAACAAUCUCACUAGAAAACACGGCUGAAAAGAGAGAAUCCUCACCAAAGGCCAAACCUUUGUUUCUUACGUACUUUUAUUACCUCUUAUCCUAAAUCUAGUGCUCCCUAAGAGUGGUUGGAGUACGCUUUUUAUUUUUUAUCUUUUAUUUUCUGCUUAAUCUCUAAGCAACUGAAUGUGAUUGAUUGUGUGUCAUUAUAAAAUUUCAUCUGAUUGAAUGUGUCUGUAGUUAA